CCUCUGAUGAGAGAAAGGACUCGAGAUGCUACUUUUUAUGACGAACUAGCAUGUUUGCUCUCACCAAGUAUUUACUGCUUUCCCUAACAUGUAACGCAAAACGAAAUAUUUUGGGGGUCAUGCUGUGUUCCUGGCCCUUCUCCCUCUCCGAGCAUUACACCGGUGGCCUGGUCUUGUAAAGGAGAAUGGAUUUGUGACCAGUUCAGUCAGCGGGAGGAGAGCUGGAGACAGAGGCGUCCCAUCAGUCGUUGCUGCCCCAGAAUCGGAAACCUAACGAAGCGACGUCAGGAAGGUUGGAGGUGAUGUCGGAGGAGGCCGAGGUGAAAGUAUGUCCAGGUCCGGACGGGAAGCCGGAGUCUACCGCCGGGAACAGCGGUAAUACGGAACAGGUACCCUCCUCUCUGGCCUCUCCAGCGCCUGUUGCCACCUCAGCCACCGAGGAUGAGGAUGAGAGUGAAGAUGAAUCCGACAUCCUGGAGGAGAGUCCUUGUGGCCGCUGGCAGAAACGUCGAGAGGAGGUGAAUCAGCGGAAUGUCCCAGGGAUAGAUGUUGCAUAUUUGGCCAUGGACACAGAGGAAGGGGUGGAGGUGGUUUGGAAUGAAGUCAUGAUCUCAGAGAGGAAAAACUUAAAACCUCUGGAGGAGAAAGUCAAGACUGUAUUUGAUAACCUCAUUCAUUUGGAACAUGCCAAUAUUGUCAAGUUUCACAAGUAUUGGGCUGACACAAAGGACAACAGGGCAAGGGUGAUUUUUAUCACUGAAUAUAUGUCAUCUGGAAGCCUGAAGCAGUUUCUCAAGAAAACAAAGAAAAAUCAUAAAACUAUGAAUGAAAAGGCAUGGAGGAGAUGGUGCACACAGAUCCUGUCUGCUCUCAGUUAUCUGCACUCAUGUGACCCACCUAUCAUUCAUGGGAACCUUACAUGUGAUACAGUCUUCAUUCAGCACAACGGGCUCAUUAAGAUCGGAUCAGUGGCUCCAGACACCAUCAACAACCAUGUAAAGACAUUCCACGAGGAACAGAAAAACUUGCACUUCUUUGCUCCUGAAUAUGGAGCUGAUAAUGAUGUUACCACGGCUGUAGAUAUUUACUCUUUUGGAAUGUGUGCCUUAGAGAUGGCACUUUUAGAAAUUCAGGGAAAUGGAGAUUCCUCAUAUGUUUCUCAGGAAGCCAUCGACAACUCCAUACAGUUACUGGAGGACCCGCUGCAGAGGAAGUUAAUCCAAAAGUGCCUUGAGAAUGAUCCCAGUGUAAGACCCACAGCCCGGGAGCUGCUGUUUGAUCAAGCUCUCUUUGAAGUGCCGCUCCUAAAACUGUUGGCUGCUCACUGUAUUGUCAGCCACCAUCACGUGAUUCCUGAAAAUGCCCUUGAGGAGCUGACCAAGAAGUUGGAUCCCAAUCUGGUCAUUGCUGUGACUAAAGAGGAUGUUCAGCUCAAGCUGUCACAGUUUCCUGCUUUGGAACUUGAUAAAUUCCUGGAGGAUGUACAGAAUGGUAUUUAUCCAAUGACAGCUUUUGGGGUACCGAGUCCACAGCAGACUCAACAAAAGACAGUCAAAUCUCCUGUUGUCAUUCCUUUGGUCAAAUCCCCCACACCUGAACCUGCAGAGCUCGAGACACGAAGGGUCAUUCAAAUGCAGUGUAACAUAGAACCUGUUGAGGAGGGACUAAAGUAUCAUCUAACGUUACUGCUGAAACUGGAAGAUAAACUGAAUCGUCACCUCAGCUGUGACAUGUUGCCUCAUGAAAGUGUUCAAGUAUUGGCUGAAGAGUUGGUCCAACUGGGUCUGAUCAGUGAGAUGGACCAAGUCAAAAUAUCUUCAUUGCUCGAAGAAACUUUCAGCCAAGCUCUUCAAUAGCAAGUCUUCUCAGAAAUCCCUUGUCAAUCUUAUGAUUGUAAUGAUUUGUUUCCCCCGGUGUGUCUUUUCUACAAAGCUCUGGGUGGAUCUGUCACCAAAUUGUCCCUUAUAUCGGGGAAGAAAACUACAUAAAGGCACACAAACCUUAUGGAAAAAAUUAUAAAAGAAACCAUCUGCUGUGAAUUAUUUUAUUUUAAUUAUUAUUAAUAUUUAACAGUCAGAGCAUACAUUCAUUAAUACAUGUAGAAAUACUGGAAAUGAGUUGACCGUUGUGUGGGGUAAGCCUAAUAGUUUGGUGAGUACUGUUAGUACAUCCAACACUUGAUCCCAACAGAACUGACUGGAAUACAAUGAGACAGACUUUAGUUUACUGAAUUCACAUCGUCCAUCCCUUUUAGAUGCUCAGCUAAUUCUCUCCUUCACUGUAGGUACUACUCACUGGUGUAUUUUUACAGUUUAAUGUCUGUAUAUACACCUGUUGAAAAAACUGUAGCCUUGUUAGUAAAGAAAAGAGAUUUCCACCCAAAGAAAACAAUCCAGGUCUCAUUUUAUUCUGUCAUUGCUCAUGGUUCUCCUCAUCAUCUAGGUCUUUUUUUGUUUCGCUUUGUGUGACGUAACACUCAACUUUUUACUUUUGUUCAACCCAGCCAACAUCCAUUUAGGUUAAAUAUGUGUAAUGGUUUAUGCAGGUUGCAGGCAUGCAACUUAUUUCAUUUGACUUCUUAAAUAGCCGUUAAAAAACCCAUAGAUGUACGUUAUAGUAUUUUUCAUUAUUGGAUUGGCAUCUCCUGCUCACUUUGAGGUACUGUGAACUCAGUGUCAUUAAAUUUCUGUUUGUAUUUUAUGUGUAUAUAUAUAUAUAUUUAUAUAUACUUUCAUAUAUAAAUACAUAUUGCACAUGACUUUCAUUGUAAGUGCUUUCAGGUUCUCUUGUCAUUUUUUAAAAAACUUGCUGCUUUUUGAGUUUACAUGGUACUCUGCCUUCUGAAUUUAUGUGACUUGUGUACUGAAUUCUGCCAUUAUAUCGUGUACAAAGUAGACUGCCUUUUCCUGAUAGGUCGGUGUGCACUCUUAUCAAUGUGACAGACUGGAUUCGAAGUGUUGGACUUUGUAGGGUUUUUAUAUGGUAACAUUGAGAGUCUGAGCCAAGACAAUUUUUCAUGUUUCUAUUUUUCUUUUGUUCUAUAUUUGUUGACUGAGAAGUAAGUACAACCAAAAGCAAGAUAUUGUUCAACGUAAAAAAACACAAAACUGCAUCAACAUUUUGUAUCCUACAGGUCAUGAGUUGACCUAAAGUGAGAUCACUGCGGCUUUCUUUUUUUUUCUUUUUUUUUCUCGUGUUGUGUGGACUGUUCGGUACUACUGUUACUGAAAGCACACAGUUCUGAAUUUGCUAUAAAAACAUGCAGUAAGAGUGCAAAUAAUCAAAUUUAAAGUUUGUACACCAGACACUGUUACAUAAAAAUAAUCCUUUAUAUUUCGUUAAAGUUAAAAUCUUGUAAUGACUUGACCUGCUAACUGAAGACCGUUUGAGCUGUCAGGCCUUAAGUCUACAAAAAUGCUAGUUGUCAAUUUGUACAAUAAUGUUCACCUCAUGCUUUAUUUUUGUUUUUGUCAAACAGUUGCGGUUGGGUAUCUUGGAAGUAAUAUUUUAAGAGAUACUGUAUUGUGUUACACUUUCACUCCACGCAGCAUGUUGUCAAUAUGAUCACAUCUUUGUUUUUGUUUUCUCCUAUAAACUGCUAAGAUUGUAUUUUCCCAAAGAUGUGCUCAAAGUCAACCUGGUGAAUGUAAACACACCAAACCAUGUGACCACCAGAGCUUUAUAUUGACAGUUUGCACCCUAAUCGGGCCUCUCGUGGUACUGUUGCACCUUUUUUGUGUUGGUGGUGAUGAAAACUGGUUAUUAAAUAAUCAAAAUGGGUUGGCAGCUCUAACCUGUUACUCCA